AUGUCGACAACGGUGGAAAAGGUAUGCUGCCCCGAUACCCGUCCACGGCGGUGUCGGCACGAGCGAGAAAGAGUCGAGGCUGACAAUGGCGAUUCGGCAGAUCAAAGCAAUCGAGGAGGAGGUGCGUACCACGAAGAAGCCGAGACGACCCCCCUCCCGUUCGGACGACGCUUCUUCCGCGACCGAGUUUCUAACAGCGAGGGUGGAUCGCAGAUGGCCAAGACGCAAAAGAACAAGGCCACCUCCUACCACCUGGGUCAGCUCAAGGCCAAGCUGGCCAAGCUGAAGCGCGAGCUGCUGACGCCCAGCAGCGGCGGCGGCGGCGGCGGUGCUGGUUUUGACGUGGCGAGGACCGGCGUCGCCAGCAUCGGCUUCAUCGGCUUUCCGUCGGUUGGCAAGAGCACGUUGAUGAGUCGGUUGACCGGGCAGCAUUCCGAGGCGGCGGCGUACGAGUUUACGACCUUGACGAGCGUACCAGGACAGCUCAUAUACAACGGCCUUGGCGCGUCUCCAGGCGCUCCUCUUCAGGUCAUCGACUUGCCAGGAAUCAUCGAGGGUGCCAAGGAUGGCCGGGGUCGAGGUCGGCAGGUCAUUGCCGUCGCGAAGACGUGUCAUCUCAUCUUCAUCGUCCUCGACGUGAACAAGCCCCUGACGGAUAAGAGAGUCAUCGAGUCGGAACUGGAGGGAUUCGGCAUCCGCAUCAACAAGGAGCCGCCCAACAUCACGUUCAAGAAGAAGGACAAGGGUGGACUCAACAUCACGAACACGGUGCCUCUGACGCACAUCGACAACGAUGAGAUCAAGGCCGUCAUGAGCGAGUACCGCAUCAACUCGGCCGACAUCACGAUACGCUGCGAUGCCACCGUCGACGACCUGAUCGAUAUCCUGGAAGCCAAGAGCCGCAGCUACAUCCCCGUCGUGUACUGCCUCAACAAGAUCGACUCCAUCAGCAUCGAGGAGCUGGAUCUCCUGUAUCGCAUCCCCAACGCCGUCCCCAUCAGCUCCGAGCACGGCUGGAACAUUGACGAGCUCAUGGAGUGCAUGUGGGACAAGCUCAGCUUGAAGCGCGUCUACACAAAGCCCAAGGGCAAGCAGCCCGACUAUUCAUCACCCGUCGUGCUUCGGGCCACGAGGUGCACCGUCGAAGAUUUCUGCAACGCCAUCCACCGGACCAUUGUGGAGCAGUUCAAGACGGCCAUCGUGUACGGCAAGUCGGUCAAGCAUCAGCCUCAACGAGUCGGUUUGGGACACGAGCUGGAGGACGAGGACGUGGGUGAGUACCUCCGCAAGCCCUCCGCAAGCGCCGAGCGAGUGGGUGAGGCUGUGCAACCGGCGGGGACGGCAGCACGAACCAGGGUUCUCGCUGCCAUCGGCACAUGGACUUGA